UCUCUUUCUUCAGAAGAAUUUUAUGCUGAAGGAAAAGUCAGUUUUCAUUUGUAAAAUUAAGUGCCUUCAAUGUAAGAAAGGGUUACAUGAGACCUCAAGGGCAGGUAAGGCAAGUGACUCCUCUUCACCUCUCAAAUACCCUAAUCAAAGCUGCAGAUGUGGUCCUUCAGGAGAUGCUUACAUGUUAUGUCUGCCUGAACCUGGGCUGGGCAUGAGAAUUCAGGCGUUUUCGUAGCCCGGUAGCUUGAAGUUCAGAUUGCAGGCUGAUUCACUGGAAAUACAUAUCAUCGCAUUCUACAUGUAAAAGAAUACAGCACUCCGUGUGGUGAUCUCUGUUCUUACUAUGUAGAGAAAAGGCUGCUUCCUUGCUGUCAGAAACUUCUCAGUUUAUUUUGAACCUUGAGUGGAGAGGACCAGAAGCAGCAUAAUAACAGAGAUUUGAAAUUUCACUGCUCAACAUGGUUAGACCAUGGUGGUGAGCACAAGCAGGUUAUCUCUCAAGCCUUCUACUUUCAGAUAAACAGCAUCUUCAUUUGUGUAAUUGUUCUGAGCCUACCCCCAUGAGGAUUCACAUCAAAGAUUAUUACAGAGCUACAAGGAUUCAAAUUUUGAUCUCUAAAUAAUGAGUUUUCCUGACCAAGACGUGCUGGGCCAGGCUUUUGAGGAUGCACUAGAAGUACUACAGCAGCACUCUGACAGAGAAAUGCAUUAUUCACCAGGUUAUAAAAAUUGCUUGACUAUGAUUAACCAUCACCACCACUGUCGAUCAAGUCCCAGCUACUCUGCAGCACCAUCUACUGAGGACCAAGGAUAUAGCUGGAGAAAUGUGGUUAGCAGUGCAGCAGAUUUUUAUGCAGAUGAGACUGUCUACCAUACGCUGCAGAAUACUCCAGAAAGCCAAGUGAUGAAUGCUGCUGCUGGCCAGCCAAAAGCAGGGAAAGGUAGAAAAAAACUUCGACUCUUUGAGUACCUCCAUGAGUCUCUGUAUGAUCCAGCUAUGGCAAACUGUAUCCAAUGGGUGGAUAAGCCCAAUGGUGUCUUCCAGUUUGUCUCCAAAAACAAGGAGAAACUUGCAGAGCUGUGGGGAGAAAGAAAGGGAAACCGCAAGAUCAUGACGUAUCAGAAAAUGGCCAGAGCACUAAGGAAUUAUGGAAGAACAGGUGAAAUCGUCAAAAUUCGAAGGAAGCUGACAUAUCAGUUCAGUGCUGUUGUUUUACAGAGACUUGCUCCAUCUUAUUUCUUGGGAAAAGAAACAGUUUAUCAUCAUCCAUAUAGCCAGUCUAAUCCAGACUAUCAGUGUGCAGAUGACUGGAUCAAUUACAAUAAUUACAUGUAUAAUAAUGGUUAUGCAUUACAGCAUGCUAACAGCUAGGCAUAUCUUUCACAAAACCAGGUCUUUGUUAUCCAGUAAUACUUUCCAGCCCAGGAACUCUGUACAUAGCUUUUCCUUUAAAAUAUUGUACAAAUGUGAAGAAGUGCAUUUUAAAAAUUAUGUCGAUUUCAUUUCUGUCCCUUUUGAAGUCCAUGAUAAAUUAUUAUUGACUAUUGAAGAAAACCAGCAGCUGCAGGGCACAUUCUGUUCUCUGUGAUUUUAAUCAGAGGAAUUACUUCAGAUUCAAGAUGGUAUAUCCAAGAUCGGGAUUGAGGGUUUUACUUGUUAGUGGACAUCAAAGACCCCAUCCUGAAAACACUCCUUGGAGGUUUUAUGCAACAUUCCAACACUUCCAAUCAGAAUUUAGAUGCUGUUAUACCAUAGCGUACACACUCCCUAUUAGUUGGGUGCACUUGAAUUAGAAAGGGAAGAGAUUUGCUGACGGUAUGAAGCUACUGUCUGCUCUCUUCAUCAACGUCCUUCCUUAAGAGACAUUUUCUAGGUGAAUGGUUGACUGAACGAUAGAGUCCACAUGAAGGUGCACCUGUUGGCCAAGCUGUUAAUCCUUAAUCACUUAAAUUAACACCUCUUAGCACAGAUCCUGACAUAUGGUGUUAGGAUUGCCAGGUGCGCAUUUCACCUUUGGCAAUGGAUUCAUUGGGAAAGUGACCAUACUGUGAGAGGGUUAGCAAAGGAUUAUGCUUUUCAUGAAGUUAUUUAUGGUUCUUCUCCCACUAAUAUGAGAACCUGCACUUUUAUCCAGCAGUUCUGUACUCACCUAACCAACACAGUUUUGUUACUGAUAACUUCUUUUGGAGUCACAACUUUAUACAUAUCAAUACAAUUUCACUUCUCCAACCCUUUUCCUGUGUGGGAAGGUACCUGAAAGACUCAGUGAUUUUUCACUCUUUUCAUGGGGAAGAAAGACUAAAUUUAGGUAAAAAGAGAGUACUAGCACCUUAUGCCAGGAUGAGACCUAUAUAUCUACUUUUUCUCAUAUAUCUGUUACCUGACCAACUUGUGUCAUCACUUGAGUUGACUGUUGUGCCAAAAUCCUUCCAUUCAGCUGCAUUCAAUUCCAAGUUCUAGAUUUUGCUUCAAGUGAGUGCAGGCCUGGGUAUUAAUAGAGGCAAAAUUAAUUUCUGUGAAAAGGUGUAAAUGGUGGCCUGAUAUACUUGAUAAAAUUCACUGGGUGUGAUAGACGCUCCUUGCUCUAACUCCUGCUUAAUUGUACAAGGAUGUAAAUUUAUGUAAUAAUGCAACACACUCCACUUAAGCAAAGGUCAAGGUUGUUAGCACUUCAAUAAAAUGAAAGAUACAUAUUCUUAUACAUCUGAAAAAUGUUAAAUAGCACUAGAAACGGACCCAGAUUUUAAUUCAGCAGACAUCUGCCAAAAUAAGAAAGUCAUAACUAUGUUGUUAAUAUUUCAAGUGCAAUGUCCUGUGAAAUGUAAACAUUACUACAAAACAGACAGAAGAACACCUCUAGUAUUAUAGAACUUAAUCUGUAUCCUGCUGUAGCACUGGAAGUGGUGAAAGUUUAACUCUUACAAAGAUCUGAGACUAGGUGACCAUAUUUGUGAAUAUAUUUCAAAUGUCAUACUGUAUAUAGAUUUGCCAAGAAACUGCACAAUUUAGUUACUCCAUGUCUGUCACUCAUUGCAAUCUGACUUUGUUAUUUAGGAAGCUGGUAACAUACACCAUGUUAAGAGUCUGCUUUGUGUAAAAUGCUUACUUUAUCAAUAUGUUUAUACAGUUUCCUCAUCUACCUGAUAAGAAAAUAAAUACUU